AGCAGUUAACGAAGCGAAGCUUAUGACGCGCAAAGAGAGGAAUGAUGUUUUUUUUAUCCUGUAUAAACUGAUUUGUUUAAUCAGCAAACGUCAUCACUGUAUGAGUUAGCUUCUGCAGUACUAACUCUGGUGGGAAAAGAGCUCUGCUCAUCAUCUGGUCCUCCACGGCAAGAAAGGAAACAUGAAAAACGGUAAGAUGGCAAAAUAAAUACACAUUUUUUUAAUUUAUAUGAAUGCUAUGAUUUUCAUUGACUGAAAGUUUUUUCCCCUCAGCUUUGUUUGCUGUUGUUCCCCUGGUGUACCUGGAGCUUUCCAUGAGGGUUGUCACUGCCCCGAUCUGUGCCUACGGACCGGCCGGAUGCCGGGUUCCUUCCCUGGCAGACCUCUUUGACAGGGUCAUACAACAGUCUUCAAGAAUGCACGGCAUCUCCAGUGAUCUGCUCUCUGAAUUUGAGCAAUAUUUCUUUCCCAGGAAGAACCUCGUAGAAAAACGGAGGUGCCACACAUAUGGCAUACUGACUCCAGGCGAUAAGGAGAAAGCACAAAGGCUAGGGCGAGAACAGCUGACUGAGGUGAUCCUGAGGCUGCUGGGGGCCUGGGGUGACCCCCUGUCUCAACUCUACCGGAGCAUGUCUCAGGAUCAGAAUCAAGACUUCAACCACUACAGCUCCAACAAGGCGCUGGAGAUCAGUGAUAUGGUGCACGAGCUGAGGGAGGGGGUGGCAAUAAUGGCUGAGAAGAUGAAGCUAUUGGGAGUGCUUGGUAACACCGUGGGUCACAUCUCUCCUGAGAGUUUGGUCCCCUCUUCUGCCUUUUCCUUCUACAAACAUGGAGAACUCAACUCAGUGGACCACCAUGACCUACUCUACUGCUUCCGCAGAGACUCCAACAAAGUCCAAAAUUACCUCCGUAUCCUGAAAUGCACCACCCUCCCUGGACCGGACUGUUAAUAAUAAUAGUGAUAGCAAAUUGAUUUACACAUCAUGUGCUGUAAUGUGUGCAUUUGACUGUAGAGGAUUGUGCGUGCCUCUUGCAGUAUUAUUGUUAUAUGUAAUUAAACAAUUUUGUUUUUUGAGCAUGAAAAGGUCAAAAAAUAAAAAUGAA